AUGAAUAGUGAAAAGAGGAAUGCUCGCGGCCGUGGUCGUGGUCGCGGCCGGGGAAGAGGUCGUGGCCGUGGACGGGGGAGAGGUAAAAAGGUGCCAAAAGUGAUGUCGUCUGAUGAAGAAGACUGCUCCAUGGAAGAGACUGCACAAGACCAAGAAGAACCACCACCUGAAGAUAGUAAAGAUAAUGAAGAAAAUGAACCUGCUAAAUUGGAGGUGCCCUCAGACAUAUCACAGUUGGAAGCACCGGUGUUCACUACAAUACAGCGUGGACCACCAGAGCCUAUGUUGAGACUGGAAUGGAAUCAUAGAGCAAAUCUCAUUGGGGAGAAAGUUUUAAAUCCUAUGAUAUACUGUUGUGAUACAUGCUCAAAACCUAUUCUGAUUUAUGGAAGAAUGAUACCAUGUAAGCAUGUUUUUUGCUUAUCCUGCGCCAGAGCAGAACACACUCAUUGCCCUCGCUGUAAAGAAAAGGUUUUAAGAGUUGAACAGACUGGUUUGGGAACAGUGUUUAUGUGUACACAUUCUGGAUCAAGAUAUGGCAACACUGGAUGUAGAAGAACAUAUUUGUCACAGAGAGAUCUACAAGCCCAUAUAAACCACCGGCAUGUAUCAAGUGGAGGUGAUGCAAAGCCGGAACCUGAACCUCCUGUUACUAUUGUAAAACCUUUAUCGCAGAGUCCCCAGCCGGUCCCAGCCCCGGCAGUGCCAGUGUCGACUGUGCCCGUGUUAGCUCAUAACAUGGCUGUUCCACCUCCAUACUAUCCCGCUGCGUAUACUGCGCCUGCGACAUACGUUGGACCUGGAACAACCAUGAGCACUAAUGUAACACCACCCAUGGGAACUCCAGUACCGUUACCACCCAGUACUCUUGGAGACACAACGAGAUGGCCAGAGACUUAUCAGCCGCCCACACAACAGUGGCCUCAAAAUCACUAUUAUAGAUAA